ACCUUGUGUAGCCUUUCGAUUCCAACCUUUCAUCAACACCCAUAUCACGCAUCUAAAUCGACCGUCAAUCCAUAGUCGCGUCGAGUCAAACUUCACGAAGCUUCUUCACCCACGCACUCACUACCAAUCGCGAAUUCGCAAUUCACAAUGUCCGACAUCAAGGUCACUCCCACCACUGAGCCCGACUCGGCCGCCACCUCUAUUCAGAACGACAAGACCGUCGAGCAGACUUCCAACCCCGAUCAGACUACCGAGCUCUCUGCCGCACCUACCACUUCAGAAGAUGCUGUGAUGGCCGAAGCCAAGACUGAGGAGCAGAACGAGAAGAAGGAAGAGAAGGCCGAAGAGAAGACUGAGGAGAAGACUGAGGAGAAGACCGAGGCCAAGACUGAGGAGGCUCCCAAGCCCACCGAGACUCAAGGCGAGAAGAGAGGCGGCCGUCCCCAGCACGAGUCUCGCGCCAAGCGCGUCAAGUCCAACUACGACGAACUGCCAGAGAGCAGCGACCCCGAAGAGAUCCGUCGCCAGGUUGAAUUCUACUUUUCCGACUCCAACCUCCCUACCGACAACUACCUCCUCAAGCAGACCGGCGGUCACCAGAACAACCCCGUCGACCUCAAGGUCAUUCACAACUUCAAGCGCAUGCGUCACUUCCAGCCUUACUCUGCCGUCCUCGAAGCUUGCAAGGCCAGCAACCUGAUCGACGUCACCGAUGACGGUCAAAUCACCCGCAAGGAGCCCAUCAGCGAAAAGUUCAGCGACAAUGUCGACGAGAACCGCAAGAUGCUCGAGAACGAGACCAUGGCCCGCAGCAUUUACGCAAAGGGCUUCGGCGAGGAGAAGAACACUACCCAGACCGACAUUGAGGAGUUCUUCGCCGUCUACGGUACCUUCAACGCCGUGCGUCUACGCAGAACCACCCACGGCGACUUCAAGGGCAGCGUCUUUGUUGAGUUCUCGGAUGAGAAGACGGCCGAGGACUUCCUCAAGCUUGAGCCCAAGCCCGCAUUCCAGGGUCAGGAGUUGAGCAUCAAGAGCAAGAAGGCCUAUGUUGACGAGAAGCUCGAGGGCAUCAAGAACGGCACCAUCACACCCAACGACAACUGGAAGGAGAGAAGAGACAACGACCAGCGUGGUGGUCGUGGUGGCCGCGGUGGACGUGGAGGCCGUGGCGGUCGUGGCGGUCGCGGUGGAAGAGGUGGACGUGGCGGUCGUGGAGGCCGUGGUGGUGACCGUGGCGACCGCGAGGAGCGCUACAACACCCGCAACUCGGAGCGCAAGCGUGAUCGCGAUGAUGACGGCCAGCAGGGCGAGAACAAGAAGGCCAAGACCGACGAGUAAGCGCGACGACAUGGUUGUAUAUUGAAGGGCGGGAUAUGAUCUUGCUUGACGACUAAAAGGAUAUUGCAUGGGUCAUGGCGUUUCUUUGUCUUACAGAAAGGACUUGGGAGGUGCUGGUACAAUUUCCGGGCUGAAUACCUGCGAGUAGACGAGAUUUGAAGAUGCCUACUCUGGAAAAGCAAUUUACUGAUUUCUGCUUAACACUGAAACAUUCACUCCGUUUUGUUCCUGCG